AUGAGGCCCACCAAAUUCCGCGAUGAGUUCAGCGCCGACGACCUGAGGCUGUACUUGCACGUGACGCUCGACGAGUCGGUCUACUACUUUGGGCCCAAUUUCUCGGAAGUGGACAGCGAGGGUCAUGAAUAUGUCAACUGGCCCGACCUGACCAGCUCGACGAUGUGCCUGGUGUUGUGCGGAUCGUUUUACUCCAUGCUUUGUUAUACCGGGAUUAAAUUG